AUGGCUGCAGCGCUGGCAGGAUGCUGCACGCUUUGGAUGACGGGAACUGGCACCGUUGCCGCCGACACGGGUGACGACAAUUUGGCGAAAGCUGAGCGUCGGAGCAUUGCCAGUGGCAAGGUGGUGUCUGUCGAUGAUCUCGUGAAGCACGAUGGCAAAGACGGCAAAGGAAUCUGGGUGGCCAUCGAUGGCAACGUGUACGAGUAAGUUCUCUGGUCCAGCUGAAUUUCGCCCAUGCAGGCCAGCCUCUUGAACGCAGCCCUUUUCAUGCAGCGUCACCAAAUUCCUGGCGCAGCAUCCGGGCGGUCCCCAUGUGAUUCGAAAGGCGGCAGGAAAGGAUGCUACGUGAGUGAGCUUCCUGCGACCAGGCCGUGGGGAGGGUCGGGUGUAAGGUGCCGCAGCACGACACUGCUGUUGCCUCUUUCCGGAGCGCGCUGAGCUCCAUUCGCUUCCCUUCAUCCUGUGAACACGCCCUCAGCGAGCUGUACACGCCUAUCCAUCCUCCACACGCCAUAAAGACGUUGCCCGAUGAGGCUCACGUGGGGUCGCUGAGUGGCGAUGAGCAAGCACCCAAAGCUAGCGAUUCCGAUGCGCAAGCCUCAAGGAAGCUGGCUGCCGACGAGCUGCCGGUCGUGGGCAGCGUACUGAAUUUAGACGAGUUCGAGGUGAGCUACCCUUAUCGGCAUAAGACAUUGCUUGAGCGGCAUCCAUCGCCAUGCCAGCAUCCACCUGAGAAAAAACUUUUGCACGGGCGAUUCCUUUUCUUCGUACAAAAGCGGAAAUUUGUGGAUGGUACUGACUACACGAAUCGCCUCACACGCGCAAUCUGAUCAUUGGCAAAUAGAGCAUAGCAAGAAGGCACCUGUCCCCGCAAGCCUGGGCCUACUACUCCUCGGCCGGUGACGAUGAAGUUUGUAGGUCAAAACGGUCACCGCCAGAGCUUGGCAUCGAAUUGUUGCUGACGAGCUCACAUGCACUGCUGAAUUCUCUCUCAUUUCCAGCUGCGCGCAACAAUAGAGCUGCGUACAAUCGCAUCAUGUUUAGACCAAGGAUACUUCGGCACGUUGGAGAAGUAGAAGCGUCAACGAAGAAGCUUUUUGGCGGCGGCACGAAGGACCAUCUACCUUUUUACAUUUCCCCAGCUGCGCUCGCUAAGCUCGGACACCCCGAUGGCGAGCUUAAUUUGACGCGAGCAGCUGGUCUCGGAAAUGUGGUCCAAGGUGUGAGUCUCUUUGUGGAUGAAUGCGAGCAUCUUUCCAGAGCCGCUUCAGAGAAGCUUCCCUGACCUAUGGCAGUGUGCUUCUCUCAGAUAUCUGCCAACGCAUCUUGCGGCUUGGAUGACAUGCUAGAUGCACGGGCUGAUGGUCAGGGUACGUUUGCGGCUGAUCGAGUUCUCGACCUCCAAGCGCCCGCGACCGCUCACCUUUCGUGGCCCCUGAAUGUUGGACAGCUGUUGUCUACCAGCUCUACGUCAAUCGCGACCGUUCCGCAUCAGAGAAGAUUUUGACAAGCUGCGAAGAGAGGGGCGUCAAAGCUGUGAUGCUGACAGUUGACGCAGCAGUAAUGGGCAAACGGGAACGUGACAUGAGAGCAAAGGGAGAAGUUGUUGAUGUGGGAGGUGACACCGGACGGGAUGAGAAAGCACAAGGCGUAGCCGCCGCCAUUAGUGGCUACAUAGACCCGAAUCUGGUGAGUGUGGUGGCUAUUACUUCCUGCCCUCACCACCUUGUCAUUUGAGUUGCUGACGUAAGGAUACCCGGACUUCGUACAGGAUUGGAGCAUCGUGUCAUGGUACACAAAAUCCUGCUCCCUUCCGCUCUACAUCAAAGGCAUACAGAGCGUGGCCGAUGCACGCUUAGCUGCCAGCACUCCAGGGGUCAGCGGAAUAAUCCUCUCGAAUCACGGCGGUCGGAGUCUCGAUUAUUCUCCUGCGCCCAUCGAUGUUCUGAUCGAGCUGCGAGAGCAUCAUCCUGAAACAUUCGACAAGCUAGAAGUUUACAUCGAUGGGGGCAUUCGACGAGGCACAGAUGUGCUGAAGGCUCUCGCUCUCGGCGCUACCGGAGUAGGUCUAGGUAGACCUUUUCUGUAUGCUCAGUCAGGAUAUGGCCAGGAAGGUGCGAUCCGAGCAAUCGACAUCCUUCGAGAUGAGAUCGAGAGAGGAAUGCGCCUGCUUGGCGUCACGAACUUGGAUCAGCUUGGACCUGAGUACGUGGAUAUACUACCCAGGAUGCCGCCUCCAUUGUACGCGCAGCCUCGCGAACCACAGGACGCCUUUUGA